AACUCCAUGCACUCUACCCUGUUUCUUCAAUAGUGAAAAAACCCGUGCGCUUUUACAAGACUCAGCGGUGAAAGCUAUAACGCUGCUUCAACACCCACUCUCCACUAUUCAAUCUCUAACCCUUCUUCCCCCAAUUCGCUUCUACUUCAAGGAGCUGUAAGGUUAUUCCUUUAUAGAAUGGACUUGGUACACAUCACAUUAGCACUGAUUCCUCCAUCUUAUAAGCAUGCUUUUUGGAGUGCUUACACUCUACACAUGAAAUGGUACCUCUGCCUUGUCUGUCUAUCCACACGUGCGGAUGUACUUGCCUUUCCAACCUGUCAGGGUUGACGGAGGAGUUUGAGUCUCAUACUGAAUGGUGUAUUGUGUGGUCUGGAGAAUGGGAAGUAACAGCGUUGAAAAGAUCCCUAGCAAUAACAGCACUGGAAGUUCAGAAACCACUAUUGAGAUAAAGCUCAAAACACUUGAUUCACAAACUUAUACUCUCAGAGUGGAUAAACAGAUGCCAGUCCCUGCUUUGAAAGAACAGAUUGCUACUGUAACUGGAGUGUUAUCAGAACAGCAGCGCUUAAUUUGCCAAGGGAAAGUUCUAAAGGAUGAUCAACUACUGUCUGCAUACCAUGUUGAAGAUGGUCACACAUUGCAUCUGGUUGUGAGGCAACCUGAUCUGCCACCUCCAGGAAGUCUGCCCAAUCAUGCAGCGACUGAGCCAAAUUCAAGCACAAGCCAUAGUCACAGUACUCAAGUCGCUCCAGGAGUCUUCAUUGAAACAUUCAAUGUUCCUAUUCAGGGCGAUGGAGUUCCACCUGAAAUAAAUAGGAUUGUGUCUGCUGUUUUAGGCUCGAUCACUGGACUUCCAAAUUUUGCAAGUGGUGGAGAAGGGAUUGUUGUCAGGGAGCAUGAUUCCCAAGGCCUUGGAAGAACUUUGGAUUCUAGUGGAACAUCAGAUCCGUUCCGUCCCCUACUUGAUCAAACUGGUUCACAGAGUGUAUCAGAUAGAUUACGGAAUACUUUUGGACUUCCGGCGUCAGUUUCUCUAGGGUCUUUGCAGCCUCCUGUUAUUCCUGGUUCUUUGACAACUUUGUCCCAGUACCUAAGUCAUAUGAGUCGUGAAUUUGAUACAAUUGUCAGAGAAGGGGGGAAUGGCCAAGCAGCAGAGGCUCAUAGUAAUGAAGCAGUGGGAUCUGGUUCUUCACCUUUGGGUUCAACAGCAGAAAAUCUUCCAUCACCCGCAUCCUUGGCAGAAGUCUUGCUUUCUACGAGACAAAUGAUCAUCGAACAAGCUGGGGAGUGCAUACUUCAACUGGCAAGACAACUACAGAAUCAAGCAGAUAUAACUGAUGCCCCCUCGCGAUCAACCACUCAAUCUAGGGCAUUGAGGACUGGACUAUUGUUUUAUAACCUUGGUGCAUUUUUACUUGAGCUUGGUCGUACAACCAUGACAUUGCGUUUAGGUCAAACACCGUCUGAAGCUGUAGUUAAUGGUGGACCUGCAGUUUUUAUAUCACCUACUGGUCCUAAUCAUAUCAUGGUUCAGCCUCUUCCUUUUCAAGCUGGAGCAAGCUUUGGUGCUGUCCCUGUAGGAGGUGCACAGACUGACUCAAGUUUAGGUAGUGGACUUGGCUCAAGUCUUUUCCCAAGGCGUAUCGAUAUACAGAUAAGACGAGGCACUUCAACAACCACACCCAAUGCCAGCCAAGAAGAGCGUGGGGAUACACAGUCUGCUUCAGUGCAAAGAAAUCCAGUUGAAAGUUCUGCUAGUCAAGCAACCUCUAGGCGUCCAGAUGCAUCUAUUGCUGGAGAAUCAGGAAUAAGGAUAGUGCCGAUUAGAACCAUGGUUGCAGCAGUACCUGGUCCCUUGGGUCGUGCUUCUUCAGAACCAUCUGGUAAUUCUACUGGGCUUUACCAUCCCGUUCUUGGGAGAUUUCAACGCGUAGGGCAGGCAAAUAGUGAACAGGGAUCUCAAUCAGCAAGUCAGCAUCGUGCUGCACCACAUUCAACUCCUGAAUCCACAUUGCAAAGGCAAAGAACGGAAGACUCUGCAAGGAAUGGUGCCUCACAAACUCCAUACACAAGACAAGAGCCAUCUAAUUCCCGUGUUGUAAAUAUCAAUAUUCUGGCAGCUGGUGGGCCCCAAAACAGCCAAGAAUCUGAUAGACAGAUACCAAGCAGUGUGUAUCAGUUUUUAAGAACACUCUUUCCCACUGGAGAAAUACACGUGGAGGAUUCAAGCUUACAAGGAGCAAAUGCAAGUUCCACCUCAAUGCAUGCUGCAACAUCAAGGGGUGCUCCCCAAGCCCCUGAAGCUGAACCUGCUGUUAGUGCUGAAGGAGUAUUUUUGUCUAAUGUACUCCGUGAGAUCAUGCCGGUCAUAUCUCAACAAGUAGGGUCUGAGAGAAAUCCUUCUGAUGAUCAAGCGGCUCAAGAUUCGUCAACCCAGGUUGGAACUAAUGCUGGGACAUCGCGCAGACACAGUGGUUCUGAAUCAGGUGCUCCAGAUCCAAAACGCCAAAAGAUGGAAUGAUUAUGUAUAAAUUGUGGCCUUUGAAGAUUGUGGUCAUAAGAAUCAGACUUCAGGGUGGUUCUUUUGAUGUCAAAUUGGUAUUUUGCGCGUUUUUAGAUAUCUAUGUCAAGCAUGAUUUCACUUUCUCCAAGUGUAUACAUAUUGCUGUACAAUAUUGGAAUUGGAGUUGAGCUUUUCUUAUGCGAGUUUCGAUUAUGCUUGGAAUUGGUUAUAUAAUUAUUUAAUUAUUAUUAGAGGUUACAAUUGAGAUGGCAUUAUAUAAAUUUCAUUGGUUU